AAAAUAAUCAGUCGCUAAAUUGCAGCCAAGCGCACAACUUUUGAGGAAUCGUUUUCAUUUUUGACGACGAACAAUUUUACGGGAAAUUUUCAAUAUAAAAAUAUAACAUUAAAAAUACAUAAUUACCUAAACAAUAGUUUGAAGUUAAAAACACGUCAUUAAAUGAGUAAAACUUACAAGUGAUCAAUGAAAUAAUAAUAAUAAAAAUUAUAUCCCAAAAUUUUCAAAUUUUGUGCAAUUGAAAAAAAAUUUUGGUUAUGCAAUAAUACUCAAUAAAAAUUUUUGAAAUACAAUUUUUCAAUUCAUUGAAAAGCAAACAACGCACACACAUCAGAGGGUAUUUUUAAACAAAAAUCUCUUAGCACGAGUACUCUCUUAAAACAAAAGAAUUCUCUUAAUUACAAAGAGAAAAGAGAAGCACAUUUGUGUCUCAUGUUGUUUAAAGUGAUAUCUGUGCAAAAAGAGAAUUAAAUUUUAAUAUCAAAAUAAACAAAACAUAAAUAAGCAAAACAAAGCAAAUAAAAUAUCAACAGCAACAGAAUGCCAGAACCAAACUUCUUAUCAAUGUAUUCGUUCGGGCAUGAAGCCCCCAAAAAGAAACCCAUCAUCCAUGUGUCAUGCGGCAUUGGCGAUACAGAUGGCUUUCCAGCAUUUGAUGUCGACUCCGAUGCCUAUGCGGUCAAAGAUGAUUCCAAAUGGGGUUUUCUAAUAACCGGUGGUGCCGAGUUCCACAUGCCGCUGACAGUAUUUCAGGUUACACCGGAUGGUCUGGCCGAUAAGGGUGGCAUACGUCUGGGUGAUAUAAUUCUGCAAAUUAACGAAGAGGACGUAACAGGACUGUCAUUGGCUCAAGCUCACGAUAAAAUCGACGCCAGUGGCAAGAAGAUACAUUUUCUGGUGAAAAGCAUGGAAGAAGAUCCAAUGGAAGAGUUCGAAAUAGGCGAGGAGAAAUCCAUUGUCCUGAGAGUACCCAAACCAGUUCCCCCACCACCAGGUGCCUCCAUAGAGGCACGUCUACGGGCGAUGCAAAGGAAACUGUCGGAAAUUGCUGAAAUACCGAAAAUUCUCUCCUCGACCUUGGCCACGGUGUCGCAGACAUUUGAAAAGUUGAAUCUCACAGGAAUGCCGCCGAAUCCCAACUACACAGCCGGUGACAUCUACCAACAACAUUUGCAGAGGCGUAAGCUAUCAUAUGAUGAAGAUGCCUUCGAUUAUGAGCUGAGUGAUGGGGGAAAUAGUGAGAUAGAUGAAGAGGAUGAAGAGCAGGUGGAAAAGAAGAAGAAGACCAAGAAGAAGUUACAUGCUGCAGGGCAUGAUGAUAAUGAUGAGUUCAAUGCCAAGGAGGCCUAUCAACGAUUAAAGAAACAUAUUGCUGCUAGACGUCGAAGGAAAUCAAAGGAAAUAACACCAGAAUCUGAUUAUGCCUCGGAAAAUAAUUACUCGUUGAAGGACGAGCGGAGGGCUCGCAAGGGAAGUGAUGAGGAAGAUGUCGACGACGACGAAGAUGAUGAUGGCGAUGGCGAUAAGACCAUAAGUAGUGAUAAUACCUGUGAAGAGUUUAACAUGAAGUGUUUCUUAACACCUGGAGGUCAUGACCCCAAUGCCAAUGGAACAGAUGAUGAAAUCGAUGACGAGGACGACGACGACGAAGAUGAUUUUCUUACAGCAACAUUUACAUGGAAUUUAUCGAAUAAAUCAAAAUUGCAUAACAGCUCCAAAGACUCUAGCACACAUUCAGAUAAUCCCAGCAUCGACUCGUGUGUCAGCAGUGAUGAAGAUGGUCCCUCGAGGGAGAAGGAAAGAAAUCUGAUUGCCACACUAAAACAGCAUGAAGCCUCCGUAAAUAAUGCCCACGAACAGGUUGAGGAGUCCACAUCAAAACAACCAAAGCUGGAUAAGUUUUGGCCUUGGGCAGAUCGUGAAAAAAUUAUUUACAAGCAAUCGACUUGUCAUUUGGUUCCUAAGAAACCCUUGGGUCUCAUUGAGCAGCGUAUCCAGUUGUUGGCUAAACGUAAUCUGUUGGAGCAUUUGGGACCUAACAACAAUAACAACGUUAGCAACAGCAGCAGCAACAACAUCAAAUGCAAUAAAUAAACCACAUUCGUUGUU